AUGCAUCUCGUCGAAUUCUUUCUCGUUUUUGGCAUUCCUGUGCUCACGUAUGCCGCCUACAAACCACCUAAAGGCCUCUACUAUGUGGGCGUUGGCUACAACCUGCUGAAAGGAAACCCAGAGGGUGGCGCUUCAAGCAUUGGAGGUAUUGAUCCUGGAUUACUUUCUACGAGAAAGAUCUUUCAGCUGACAUGGAAGACAAAUAAGUUGUCGAGCGAUAAGAAGUAUAAUGUCCCGGAUCAAGUCAGUUUUGCCCCUUUUCAUUCAUGCGUGGAGGAAAACAGCACCAACGCGGUUUUUGGCGCUAAAAGUUAUCAAGAGGAGCUGAAGAUAGAAGUAGGUGCUGAAGGUAAGAAUUCUUCACGAAUUUUCGGCGACCUUACACGUUUAAUCAUUUUAUGUACAAACUGAAAAACACCAGAGAAAUACCAACUGAGCUUUUGUGAGAAUAUAACGUGAGACGACAACGCCGUUGAUGUGGUUACAUAAUUAAUAAUUAUUCCUCGAGCCCGAAUGGGCUCUGAGUCAAUAGCCCAUGGCCGAAGGACGAAUGAACUAUUGACUCAGAGGCCAUGAGGACGAGAGGAAUAAUUGCUUUGGUAAAAUCAAACUAGUUGGUCAAAAAUAUCGAGACAAAACAACUUUAGCUAGCAAAACGCGAUUCAGCUGCUAGUGGGCUAUAACAUAUAGCCUAGUAGUAGCUCAACCAAUCAGCCUUUCUGUUUCCGCUUUUCAACAAACCGGCUACUUGAUCAUUAAGAUAUUGGUACUGUAAAUUACCAGAUCAAUGUGACAAUGUGACAUUAUAAUGUGAUAAUUGACUCUUUUUGUUUUUCAGCUGGGUACACAGGAGGACUGUGGAGCUUUUCUUUCUCUUUAAGCUCAAGUAUGACAAACACCACUGUUUGAAUUUUAGAACCUUGUCUAUUUUAAUUUCUAGGCCCUGCAUGAAUCGCUUAUUACUCAUGGUUCAAUCCCCCCUUUAUUUUGUUUCCUGCUUUUGUGACUGUAGACACGAAAACCGAUAGAUAUAUCUUUCAGCAAUGCUUUCCAUCUCUUAUCUGCAACGUUCAAUGUGCUUGAUUUUAGUGUUGUCCGUCAAUUCUGGCCUUCUUUCACUUUUUUCACGGACAGCUAAGCCGCUAAAAUAAUGCAAGGAGCCCAAAAACUCAUAAAAGACAGUAGUAACUGAAACGUCUAAGUAAUUCUGACUUGAGUUGGACGCUUAGGAAUCCGAUCAGUUAUUUGCGUGAAACAAACUACAAGCUGUCUUGUAAGUUUCUGCUUUUCUGUGUCAGCACUUUAAGUCACCUUCAACUCAAAGAUCUGUCUUUAUAGUACCAUAGCUCGUGUUAGGCUCCGGGAAAACUAACACGGUACACGCGAUCUGCAGCGUUAUUAUUCCCUCUUUAAGGUCACGCGCGUCUUUAAUUUGCUUACCUUCGUUUUUGCCAUUUCAGUUAGCUUCAGUUCGUCCCUAUUAUCUUAUAAUUAUAGUGCCUGAAAGGAACCGACUACCAUUAACACAGUUUUAAACGUUUACUGCCAGUCUUAAAGUAAAAGGGUGCAGAAAUAUUAAAACGUUCUUGCAAGUAUUUUGAUUUCUUUUCUUCUUUUUUUCUUUUCCAAUUAGGGUAUGCGCAGAUGAAAAGGGAGACUUCGAAGCACCACAACGUGUAUUAUGUUGAGACAAAGGUGUGCAAUCGAGGUCGAGUUCGGUUCCAGUGGACAUUGGCAGUUCAUAAGGAGUAUCCAGUGUCUGAAGAAUUUGCUGCAGAAGUUUGUCACUUACCAGAGAAAUACGAUGAGCAAAAAUAUCUCCAAUUUAUUGACGACUGGGGAACUGUAAGUCUAGUCAAGUGAUACACGCGUUUGUUACUCUAACUUGAAAAAUCUUGGGUAAUUAAGAAGCGAAAUCUUGUGGUUACGUACCACUAAAAAAAAACCUCUACGCCAGAACUUUUCAGUGCACGCCAGGUACAACCUCGGACAAAACAGAGAGGAAAACUUGCACAAUUUCCUCCGUCCCCCCUUCACGAAGGAUUAUUAAUAUUAUAUUGGUUUCUAGCUUAAUAUAUCUACGUUCGCCGUUAAAUCAUGGCUUGCAAAAUACACGUCGUUUGCUAGGUUCUAGACUUUUAAUUAUAUAAUUAUACAGCAAUUUUAUAAAAUGUUGAUUUGAAUCUGUGUGCCUUUUUAGCAUGUUGUGAUUGAGGUGGAGCUAGGAGAAAAGCGCACCUCCCGCUACAAAAGUUCUUGGGCUGAUCUGACCAGUUACGCCAUGGAAAACGUAAGAAUUGUGUGUUGCUAUUAUCACGCAAGAAAUAUGCCGUCGAACGUUUAACCACCCGCAAAACUAAGCGCACUGAAGAAUCUAUUUAAGACUUUGAUAUGCUACUUAUGCUUCUAACAACGUGCAUAUGGAUUUUAUUUAUCCAAGCGGGAUCAAAGAUUACUUAAUUAAAACGAAAGAAAUGUUAAUUUAGUUAUCAAUUAUUAUUAUUAUUAUUAUCGCCUUGCGGCGAGUCUUGCGCCUUAAAUUUUUAUAGUAUUUUCACUUCAUGGCAGGGGAGAGGGAGGUUAAAGUAUUUCACAAAAGUGUCAAUAAAAACUUCGAAUAUCACACUCUGUUGCUUUUAAAAUUAACUUGCAGCUUGGCAACUCGGUGUCUGUUGGUGGUGGUUUAGGAGGAUACAGUGCCUCGUUGUCUGUUAAUGUUGAAACAUUCAAGGAAUCUAUGAACCAAAAUACCAAAUUUGGUUCCAGCAAAAAGGUUUACAAGAGUGGGGGUCCAGAUAUGCCGUCUCCUAUACGAAUCAAGCUGGAACCAAUAUACAACGCUUUGAGAGUUGCUUUCUUUAAAAAGCAUUUACAGCAACACCCGAAUUGUAACUUUAACGUUCAGGCGCUAAGUCAACUGAAGAACAACAUUGAGAAACUGUUUAAAGUAUAUCCUCAACUUAAAGGGGCUGAAAAAGGCCAAGGUAGGUAUAUCCUUUCUUCAAAAUAA